UUUACACUGUAUAUCUCCACCAGGAGCUGCUGGUGAUGACAGAAGCCUUGUAGAGGAGAGCACGUGGUGAUCUAUACAUCUGUCAUGGAAGAUCAGAAGGAAAACAGACCGCUUCAGCCGGGACAUGUCGAUGAGGAUGAUCUGUCCUGGGAGUUGUGUAAAAAUUUGGAGCUCGGUGGAAGGGUCAGACAGAAAAGCAGACUUGAGGGGCAAGAGGACGGUGCAAAUCACUCAGCUACAUCUUGGGUGAGUGACUUCAGUGACCCGGUCUACAAAGAAAUUGCAAUCGCAAAUGGAUGCGUGAACAGAAUGAGCAAAGAUGAGCUGAAGGCAAAGCUUGUAGAUCUGAAACUGGAUACUAGGGGAGUGAAGGAUGUUCUCAGGAAACGUCUAAAGAAUUACUAUAAGAAGCAAAAACUCACUUGCAUAUUGUCAAAGGACUCCAGUGAGACUGAUACAUAUUAUGACUAUAUCUGCAUUAUUGAUUUUGAAGCCACCUGUGAAGAUGUUAAUGCAGCAGACUACAUCCAUGAGAUUAUAGAGUUCCCCAUUGUCUUGCUGAACACAAGGACUUUAAAAAUUGAAGAUGCUUUUCAGCGCUAUGUGAGACCAGAAAUUAAGCCACAACUUUCACAGUUCUGCAUUAAUCUUACUGGAAUUACGCAGGAUAUUAUAGACCAAUCGGAUACAUUUCCUGUUGUUCUUCAAAGUGUUGUGGAUUGGAUGAGACAAAAAGAGCUGGGCACGAAGUACAAAUAUGCUAUACUGACUGAUGGGUCAUGGGAUAUGAGUAAGUUCCUAAAUAUGCAGUGCCGCGUUAGUCGUAUUAAAUACCCUCGCUUUGCAAAGAAGUGGAUCAACAUUCGCAAGUGUUAUGGAAAUUUUUAUAAG